UUGUUUACUGUAGGCGACACACGUAUGCAAUCAUGUUUAAAACCAUUUUUACGAAACAAACUAGUUGAUAAUAGACAAGCACGUGUCUUGAUCGGAGAAGCCAUUGUAAAAAACCGAUAUUAUUUCAUUGGAUCUCGAUUUUCAUAGACUAUGGAAGAGAUAUUAGUAACACUUGGUUUAUGAAUCAGAGUGGCCACUAGUUCACCCUCGAUACUACAAGGAACUGUAUUCCGCCUCUCAAUGCUCGCCCUCGCUCACUGUGACAAAUUCAAGAGGGUCAAAUAUCACAUUACGUACGUCUAUUGUCCAGGCAACUUUUUAAAUCUAAAAUUGUGUCUGGAGUACUGGGAGUGUAGGAACACGGAAGUCUUAUUAGAACCAACACCCGACCAGAAGGGAGGACGGGUAAUGGACACCUGGCAAAUCUGUCUCUUGUUUACUAGCAUUGUCUUAUUUCGUCAAGGGGAAUGUUUGUUCCAAUCUGCAAACAAUCUGACCUGGACCGAGGCUCAGGCGUUCUGUCGGCGUAAUCAGUCCAGUCUAAUCCCCGGCACUGAGGGACACUUGCCGUACCCCCACUGGACUGGUCACUACCGACGUCUCUCAGACUGGAUCCACGUUCUGGGUUGCUAUGACAACCAGUCAGUGGAGGGUCUGGGCGUGUUGUCUACCCACUCAUUGGACAGGGGAUCUCUGGGGCUCUGCCAGGAGAGGUGCGGAUCUCAGGGACGGUUCGCAUUAAAGAAUGCAACCUGUUUGUGUCUGAGCUCUGCUCCCCAGACAAGCAGCCUGCCCCCAUCUCGCUGUGACUGGAGCUGUAACCCUGACGACGAGAGUCAUGUGAACGACUGCGGGGGAAGCGACACCUAUAAUGUGUAUAAAGCGACACCAAGACAUGCUCUACAGAGUGAAAUCACCGUCAACUGUGUUGUAUUAGGAUGUUAUGAACAAUGGAGUCAGAUCCACACAGACAACUGUACCGAGGAUCUCGGUCGUAUAUGCCAGUCAGAGAGUAAAACCAACAAGUCCAUGGCGCCUGAUGAGGAGGAUUUCAAGUCGUGGGCUGAGACACAGAGCGAGUGUAAGGCGGAGGACAGUUACCUGUACGGGAACAUCAGUCUGAGUGAGGACUCGGGGAAACUGUGUAGGCGGCUGUACGACAUCCGGAGUAACACACCGGAGACCUGGCUGGGGGUGGCCAGACAGGUGUUCCUCACCAAGGACAGAGGUGAAGAGAAUGUUGUCAUUAUCGAAUGCCAGAUAUGUUGGGGUGAGAAGAACUGUGUAUUAGUCAAAGGCUGUGACAGCACCGCUCAAACGGCGUACGCAGUGUGUGGCGAUGCUACCGAUUUACUACCAACUACAACCGAACCAACAACAACAACAACAACAGAAACGCAUUCUACCUCUACGACGGAAAUUACAACAUCAGAAACUACAACAAUAAUGGAAACUCCAACAACCACGAAAGAAACGCAAACUACGUCUUCCAUAGAAACAUCAACUACUUCUACAACAGAAUUUCCAACAACGACGGAAACUCAAAGUACUUCUACAAUGCUAAUUUCAACGACGUCUACAACGGAAAUACCAACGACGUCUACAACGGAAAUACCAACGACGUCUACAACAGAAAUACCAACGACGUCUACAACGGAAACACCAACGACGUCUACAACAGAAAUACCAACGACGUCUACAACAGAAAUACCAACGAAGUCUACAACGGAAAUACCAUCGACGUCUACAACGGAAAUACCAACGACGUCUACAACAGAAAUACAAAGGACGUCUACAACAGAAAUACAAACGACGUCUACAACAGAAAUACCAACGACUUCUACAACGGAAAUUCCAACGACAACAGAAGCAAAAAGUACUUCUACAAUGGUAAUUCCAAAAACGUCUACAACAGAACUACCAGCAACAACGACAGAAAUGCAAACUACGUCUUCAACAGAAAUUCUAACAACAGAAGCCCAAACUCUGUCAACAACAGCCAUAUCAACGACAACAGAACUCAAAUUAACAUCAACAACAGAAACUUUGACAAUAGCAACAACAACACAAGAAACAAAAACAGAUAUUUCAACAUCAUCAGAAAACCCACUAACACAAUCAACACAAAAUAUUACAAAUACAAGUUCAAUGACAUCAUCGACAGGGUUACCGACAACUAAGGAAUUUUCAACAACAACAGAGAAUCCAGCGAUAACAACAGAGAUUCCAACAUCAUCGACAACAGUUAGUCAGACAACACGGACAACGACAGUACCAUUGUCAAAUGGGAAAAGUUCGUCAGCAAAACAAUCUGAAUCUGAAUCUAAAGCUGAGAAAGCCAUUGCUGUCACAGCAUCGCUCACAAUAGUCGGCCUGAUCUUGGUGAUCCUUGGAAUCAUCUGGAAACGGCGAGGAAAUCUACUUUCUAAUCUCAGAAGAAAUAAAGACAAGGAUGCAACUGAAGGGACUUACAAACAUUACAGCAGUAUCUAUGAUGAAGUUAUUUUGCCCGGUGAAUUUCAGAAGGAGAAUAUGUAUGAGAUGGAGGAAAUAAAUGAUCACAACAGCACAACUUCGGAACAACUCAGCAACGGGGGUUACACAGAGAGAGAGGGUUUGUAUGAAAACGGAGUACCUCCUUCAAAAACAGCAUCUUUAACACAACCUGUACCAAACGACACCGUAACGUCGUCACGUGAUGAAUAUCAAAAUAUGGAAAAUAUCAACACCAAAAAACCACAGGAAUCGCCGCCAUAUAUAACUGUAAUAAAAGUACCAAAAUCACUAACUGGGUAUUUAGACAAUCAAACACAAUAUACGUCACCUCCUGACCGGGCGUUAAAUAACGUAGAGAAACAUAAAUCUGUGAUACAGGUCGGUAGUGAUGGCCCUAAAGGUUACUCCUUGCCUCUGCCUGUUUAACAGGUUUACUUUUUGUUUGUUGUUCUUGUCUGGAUUGUCUGGAAAGUUAUGGUGUAAGUGGUGUAAGUGAUUGUUUCUCGUUUAAGUGAAUAUGUUUGGAAAGAAUGAAAUUAUUCUAAAUAGUUGUUGUUUCUUGUGUUAAUGAACGUGAAACUUUUUUGGUCAGAAAACUAUAGAAUUACGUUAUUGUUUGUUAAGUGUACUUGACGAAAUAAAAUUCCUUAUACCCACCACAGCAUCAUGGUACAUUAACCCUAGAUACGUUCUUUAUGAGGUUGUUAAUCAAAUUUAUGUAUAUGAUAUACAGUAGUUCUGAGAUUUCCUGCAAGUCGAGGUAGUGUGGGUAAAUGUUUGUUUGUCUGUUACAUUUUAUACAUAUCAUGGAAAUAAAGGAGUACAUGAGGGUGUUUGCGCGUGCGUUUGUUAGGCAGAAGGUUUGUUUGUUCGUGUUGUACUGUUAGGGAUGAAACUAAUCAAGAAUGAACAUGUACUAAUGAUAUUAUAAUCACGCAUUACAAAUUAUCAUAAGUAUCGUAAUAUCUGUAUACAUUGGUUGUAAAGAUUCUUAGUGGGCAGAUAAAUGUACAAUGUAAUGUAAUCGAUAAAAAGGAUUAUUAGAUAGUGCUCUAUUUUUACAAUUGUAUCUAGAUUUAUAGUUAUUCUAACUCUAUAGAAUUGAGAAACUGAGCUUGUCAACGUCGAAAAAAACCGCCCUGUAGCAUUUUGAAUAUCUUCCUUAUUUAUAAAAUAGUGUUGAUUAUAUUCAGUAAGAAUACAAUUUCUAUGUUGAAAAAAGGAAAAAAAUUGACGCAAUCCAGUUUUACCUAAUGUAUACAAGUUUAUUUCAUUCGUUUUAUGAAAUAUUUAAAUAUAUUUACAUUCUACUGUGUUUUUCCAUUAAAUUCUGUAAUCUUAAAUGCCUUUAAAUGCAACAACCCAUUCACUGCGUAUGAAUUUACAUGCGAUUUACAAAAGUAGUUCCCAAACAUUGAUUUUUAUGUUAUCGCAUAAAAAAUAUAUUUCAUAUAAGUUGUAAAAACCCGUUUUACAAUCAUUCAACAAUAAAGUGGAUUUAUUUUUAAAGGCAAAAUUUCAAGAAAUAUUUUUUAUGGUUUAUAUUGUCAUGCUCAUCGAUUUCAACUCAACAAUCUAUGUCAUAACCAGUUCAAACCAGUUUUGUAAAACAGCUGUUUUUGCUGUUACUAAUUUUCUCCCUCCAUGAUCUGCAAUUUGUUUCGAUUUUUUAAGUUAAUAAUUAAUUUCACCAGUAAGUGAAUGUAAAUAUAAGCAUUAAAUGGUUUUUCAAAAUUUAUUUUUGACGUCGUCGUGUCAAUAACUGUCGUCAGUUGAGCAGACAAAUUAUCAUAACGCGCUAAUGCGCGUUAUUCAAUUUGUCUGCACACCUGACGGCAGUUAUUGACACGACGACGUCAAAAAUAAAUCAUUCAAUGCUAUAGUAAUAUAGGAAUGAGAGUACCAAACCCCCGGAUGUUUACAGAGAAAAGUUAUAAUAAGGAAUGAAUGGGUAGGCGUUAAGUGAUAGGCUGAAUUCAGGUAUGUGACAAUUCUCAUUUUGUAGUAAAAAUAUUAGUUUUUAAAAUAAAUGAUGGAAUGGGGGAAUAUUUUAAAGAAUAUAGCAACACUAGGAAAAAUUGUAGGGGUGGGGGUUGAUUUUUUAUGUAGAGUGACAUUUACUGCCGAUCUCUAUAAGUUGUAAACAACUGCAAAUUUGACCUAUAAACGCCAAGGGACCCUAUAUUUUUUGUUAAUUUCCUGAAAGAUCUUGAAUUGAGGUUUCUAGUCAUACCAAAAAUUUGACUGUCACUAUUAUAGUAAAGUACUGAGAGGUCAUAACGUUUGUAUGGAGUUCUAUGGUAAAAUAAUUGGUAGGCUUUUCCCAUAUAAGGAUAAAAGCUUAAUUGGUUGCUUUGUGUAUCCAUUGCCAUGACUACACUGUACACAUGGUAUACUAAAUAAUGAAUUUUUUAAAUGAAAACCACUGACUUAUUAAAAUUGUGUUCUCAAUUUUAUAUUUCUUAAUCCCUAUACUGCACAACUAUAAAUUAAAUAAAAGCACCAUGGGCUACUGCAGUAUUUAGGUUUGAAUAUUUAUGAUUUAAAAUCAAACGAUGUUAUUCUGAGUAGUUGCUAUGGUCAGGCACGAAGCAUCAGGGGGGCCUGCCCCCCCCCCCCUCCACUUUUUCUCGCAGCAACAAAUUUUUAUAAAACAUAUAAAAAAUUGAAUUAUCAUGGAGUUGACCCCCCCCCCUUUUUGGGGAGAAUGGUAAAAAAUGAAAU